UUUUUUUUCUCGGAACAAAAACUUUCUCGUUUACAUUUUUUUUUUGAAAAUUAUCAACCGUGGCGUUCAUAACAUUUUUUCUUCAACGUAUAAUCCCCCUUCAAAAAAAAGUACCGAAACCUCCUCCUAACUCUGCAUCAACAACGCCGAGAACAUCACGUCGUUUUUCAUCAUCAUCAGCUUCUUCUUUCCUCUUCUCUCAUAAAAAACAUCACAAUCAUCACAUAAUAAUGGCAACAACCUUACCUAAUGAAAUACUAGUAGAAAUAUGUAGUCAUUUACAUCCUUCUGAUCUAUACAAUUUAUCACUAGUAUGUAAACGUUUUCGAAAUCUUUUAUGGAACAAAACAAGUGAAUCAGCACAAUUAAUUUGGCGUACAUCGAGAUUAAAUUUCGUUCCUCACUUGUCACUUCCUUGUCCUGAAGGAAUGAGCGAGCAACGAUAUAUAUGGUUGAUGUUAUUACUGGAUAAAUGUAUGUUUUGUGAUGAAAAGGAUAAAUGGAAAUUAGCAAUGCAUUGGGAAUUUAAAAUGUAUUGUUGUAAUAAAUGUUUGGCUCAGAGAACUGUUAGUCGUGAUACGUUAAUAAAAGAAUGGGAAAUCUCAGAACAUAUAUUAACGUGUAUUGUUCCAUUAGCACCAAAUGCACAGCGACCACAAUUAUUUUUAAUGAGACAAGUUAAACAAACAUUAAAAGAAUACAACAAAUUAUCAAUAAGCAAAAAAGAAAAUUGGAUAAAAAGAAAACAGAAAGAGAUUGAUGAAUUGAAAAACGCAAAUAAUGAAUAUCGUAAACAACAUGAUUUUGGAAGAUAUGAUUAUAACGAAAGAUUAGAAAGGAUAUUUAGGACUUUACAUAUGAGCACAGAAUAUCCUUAUCGAAAAAGGUGAUUAGACAUUUGGGUUGGUGGUUUUGGUUGGUGUUAUUAUGGGUGAUAUGGAUUAUCAGAUUAUCAAGGACUUUAUAUGACUUUAUUGUUGAUGUAUUAUAAUAAUUAAUAUGUAUAAUAGUUUCAUUUUAUUAUCUUUUUUUUUUUUUUUACUUUGAAAAAGUACUUUUUCUUUCUUUCUUUCUUCUUCUUCUUAAACC